AUGACUGCGACAGAGCGCCAAGACGACGGCGUCGCCAAGAAUGCAAACACGUUCCAGAGCGAUGUAGAAGAAGAAACAACAAAAGAUGCCCGGGUCUUGGAAAACCUAGGCUACAAGCCGGUGCUGCACCGGACAUUCAAUACGUUUCACAACUUUGCAACAACCUUUGCUGCUCUUUACUUCAUUGGCGGAGUUCGCGUGACAUUCUCCACCGGUAUAGCGGCCGGAGGCAACCUGGCUUAUUGGACGAGUUUUAUCGUGUCAUGUGUCUUCACUUUCAUCACCGCUGCGGUCAUUGCAGAGAUCUGCUCUUCGCUUCCACUUGCGGGAUCCAUCUACCUGUGGGCUGCUGAAGCCGGCGGACCUCGGUUUGGCAGAUUCUUCGGCUUCAUUGUUGCUUGGUGGAGUACCACAGCAUGGACAACAUUCUGUGCGAGCAACACACAGUCCGCUGUCAAUUACAUGCUCUCGGAAAUCGUCGUUUUCGACCUUGACUUCCCUUCAGAUCCCUCAAGCGUCAAAUUCCGAGCCGUUCAAUGGAUCACAACGGAGAUCAUGCUGGCCUUGGCUGCCAUUUGGAACCUCUUGCCUCCUCGCUACUUCAAAUGGAUCUUCUACUUAUCAACAGGUUUCGUCUUGUUGGACUUUGUUCUGAACAUGAUCUGGCUACCAGUCGCAACAAGCAACAGCAUAUACGGUUUCCGAUCCGCUCAUGAUGCUUUCUUGACCACGUACAACGGAACCGGCGCUCCGGCAGGCUGGAACUGGUGUCUGUCGUAUCUUGCCACCGCCGGCAUUCUCAUUGGAUUCGACGCGUCGGGACACGUUGCGGAGGAGACCAAGAAUGCUAGUGUGGCCGCUGCUCGUGGUAUCUUUUGGAGUACCGUGGUCAGUGGUAUCGGUGGCUUCAUCGUUGUGAUCCUGUUCCUAUUCUGCGUUCCUGACGCGGACGUUCUUUUCUCUUUUGGCGGUGCUCAGCCAUUUGUGCCUCUCUACGCAGCCAUCCUCGGAGACGGAGGGCACAUUUUUAUGAACGUCAUCUGCAUUGUCGCAUUGUGGUUUAACACUGCGAUUGCAAUCCUCGCUGCGUCGCGCUUGGUCUUCGCCGUAGCCCGCGACGGAGUCCUCCCGUGGUCCCCAUGGGUUGCCAAAGUCGUCGAUGGCCAGCCCAGAAACGCCGUGUUGGUUGUCUGGGGCGUCUCCGCCGUUAUCACCUGCACGAUUCUCCCGUCAUCAGUGGCCUUCACCUCCCUCGUCUCGGCGGCAGGUGUGCCUUCAGCCGCUGCCUAUGGCCUGAUCUGUCUCUGCCGUCUGUUCCUGACGCCGAAGCAAUUCCCAAAACCUGCGUGGAGUCUGGGACGCCUUAGCAAGCCUUUCCAAGCAAUCGCUGUCGUGUGGAACGGUUGGGUCGUGGCUGUGUUGUUCUCGCCUUACGCUUUUCCCGUCGAGGCAUCGACGCUCAACUAUGCUCCCGUCAUCAUGGCCAUUGUCACAAUCUUCGCCAUCCUUUCUUGGUGGUUCAUCCCAGCUGAACGAUGGCUCCCAUCUCAAAGAAUUCAGGAGACACUUCUUGCGGGAGAACGACCCGCUGAGGAAUAA